CAAACUUUAACCCGGAAGUGAAUAUUAAUCAGCGUCGCCAUGGGGAACUUGUGGGGAAGUAAGAUGGCGGCUAGUGGUCGGGUCAUUCAGAUUGUGAAACCACAUCAGCGGUUAAUUAGGUUCCCAGAUAGAAAAGCUUUCCCUCGCCCCAAUGUGUAUGAAGUUCCCAAAUCGACGAAUCAUCAGGUACUGUCAAAUUCAAUCCAGGGACAGCAAUCAACAUCACCAGGCUCAGUCUCUGUACCUGUUAGCCAACUGUCUGGUCCACGUGACACUGUAGAAAUAGUAAGAUCUCUACCACAGAAAUACAGAAGGCAACCAGUGCCAGUAGAAGAAAUGGAGUACAUUCAGCGUGGAGGGCCAGAGUAAAAUCAACUGCUGCUUUGUCAUCCAUCAAUGGCUGUCAGAUUUCCAAGCUGUGGAUAUAAUUGCAAUCCUUUGAAUACACUUUAUAUUGCUAUGCUAAUUACAUGUCUUCUGGCUGAAUGGAUGUUCAUCCCAUAGUAUUCAAUAAACAUUGAAAAGCUGUUGCCAUUUUAAAAAGCUGAAGCAUCCUGGUGUAUUUCCCAAAAUAAUGUUCAUUGAUUUUCAUAGGAAAAAUUUGGUGAAGUUAAACAGCAUUUUGUAUUUUAUUUCUCGGUGUUCUGUUCCUGGGAAAAUUCAUUAAUAUGUCUUGUCCAAUUUUUUUAAGGCAAUUUCUUCUAUAAAAAUCUUCUAAAUUAUAAUUUCAAUAUGUUGAAUAUAACUGAUAUUUAAGUACCCUUAAUUGCAAUAUGAAAUAUAAGCUACACAAACAUAAUUUUAAACUAUUAAAAUUUAAUACAAUUGUUUCUAAGAUCAGAACAUUCAAAAUACAUGGUUCCCAUAUUGUGUAUUGCUGUUUUCAAAAAAUGCUAUUGAGUCUACUAAUUUGAGCCUAUGGAAUGAUGUAAUUCUGGCAUAUUGUCAGUACUCAUUUUAAAUGUAAAGUACACUGGCAGAUUUAGGUGCAUUCCUUUGUUUUUUUUAAUAAAGGUGCUAUCCACCUUUGUUUUCAUUUCAGCAGUUACUAAAGAUAAUUUUAAACCAAUUGUUGAAUUAAGCAUUGCGAAUUGCAUUUUAACAGCAGAACGAAAAACUGCUUUCAAUUGGGUGUUUUGUAUUUUAAGUUAACCGUGAAGCACUACAUUUAUCACAAAUAUUUGUAGAUCAGUGAUUUGACAAAUGUAGGAAACUAGAAAAUUAUGUACAUAAAAUGUAUCAAUAAAUGAAAUUGUUAAAACAUCUAUUAGCUGAGUGCAAGAAUUUUAAUGGAAAGAACUAUUGUACAGAAAUAUGAAUGUAAACUAUUUCCACUUACCGUCAUAUGCCUUUGUUCAAAAUCAUGAAUAAAAAUUUAGGGAAUUUAAAUAAGGAAUUAAACACCUGAA